UAUCUCUCUUGUUCGAUUCCCUCAAAACGUCACCGUGCAGACGAGCCGCCGCCGCUGCUGCAAAUUUACUUUAUAACAUCAGAAUGACAGGCUUGAGGGAAGCGGUUAAAAAAAAAAAACAGUAAAGUCUUCAAAACAGUGAAAGAAGGAAGUAAAAAGGUCAGAGGCCGAAGAGCUCUAAAAGGAAGGAGACGACGAGAAGCAGCUGCUGAACGCCAGCUUGCUGCGGAGGAUCGAUAAAACUCUCUGUACGACAAACUGGGAGGGAAACCGCAACAAAAUGACCAUGUAUGAAAAAAAAGGGGAGUCCAGAAAGUUUGAUCCCAAUUUCAAAGGGCCGAUCCGGAACAGGGGUUGCACGGACAUCCUCUGCUGUUUGCUCUUCAUCCUCUUCCUGUUUGGUUACUUCGCAGUUGGAAUCCUCGCCUGGUCUCAGGGUGACCCUAGGAAAGUGAUUUAUCCCACAGACAGCAGAGGGCAGUUCUGUGGGCAGGCCGGGACCGCACUGGAGAAGAAACCGCUUCUGUUUUACUUCAACAUCCUGAAAUGUGCCAGCCCCCUGGUGCUCCUGGAGUUCCAGUGUCCCACCCCUCAGAUAUGUGUGGAAAAGUGUCCUGACAGGCACUUGAAUUUGGUGAAGGCCAAGCUAGGCAGCAAAGAAGACCAUGAAUACUACUCGAGAUACUGCAAGGAGGGAACUAACUUCGCCGCACUGAGUCCUCCUGAGAUCCUGAGGGAUGGCCUGUGUCCUGGCAUGCUGGUGCCCAGCAAAGCUUUCACACGGCGCUGCCUGCCUGCCCUGGGAAAGCUGAGCGGCGGCAUGGUUGUUGUAGGCAACGAAACCUCGUUUGUCGAUGACAAUAACAACAGAGUCAACGCCACAGACCUGCUGGAGGCAGCAAAGAAGUCAAAUAUUGUUUUGGAAGCUCGUCAGGUGGCCAUGAGAGUCUUUGAAGACUACACUCAGUCCUGGCACUGGAUACUACUCUGUCUGGUGAUCGCCAUGAUUAUCAGCUUGAUUUUCAUUGUCCUGCUGCGGUUCUUGGCCGCCCCCAUGGUCUGGGUCAUAAUUAUUUUGGCCAUUCUUGUCAUUGGAUACGGGAUUUUACACUGCUACAUGGAGUACACCGCCCUGAAGGGAGAACCGGGCGCAGACGUCACCAUCCGUGACCUGGGCCUGCAGACAGACUUCUCUGUCUACCUGCAGAUCCAACAGACAUGGCUGGCCUUCAUGAUCAUCCUGGCGAUUGUCGAGUUCAUCAUCAUCCUGCUGCUCAUCUUCCUCAGAAAAAGAAUCCUGAUCGCCAUCACUCUCAUCAAAGAGGCCAGCAGCGCUGUGGGCCACAUUAUGUCGUCGAUGUUUUACCCGCUGCUGACCUUUGCCCUCCUGACUGUGGUGAUCGCUUACUGGGCCGUCACUGCAGUAUUUCUGGCUACGUCAAAUGAGCAGAUCUACAAAGUGUUCAACAAAACCGAUUGCCCGUUCUCGAUGGACACAUGCGAUCCCAAGACAUUUAACACCUCCAAUGUUUCAGCCCAGUGCCCAGACGCAGAAUGCAUGUUUGUUUUUUACGGUGGUGAGACGCUGUACCACAAAUAUCUCAUCCUGCUUCAGUUCUACAACGUCUUCCUCUUCUUCUGGUGUGCAAACUUUGUGACGGCGCUGGGCCAGGUGACGCUAUCGGGAGCUUUCGCUUCUUAUUACUGGGCCUUCAAGAAGCCAGACGAUAUCCCUGCUUUUCCCAUAUUCUCCUCGCUGGGACGGGCUCUUAGAUACCACACAGGCUCGCUGGCUUUUGGCUCCCUGAUCCUGUCUUCGGUCCAGGUCAUCAGGGUCCUCCUGGAGUAUCUGGAUCAGAAGUUGAAAGGUGCUCAGAAUAAGUUUGCUAAAUUUCUGCUGAGCUGCAUGAGGUGCUGCUUCUGGUGUCUGGAGAAAUGUAUCAAAUUCCUGAACCGGAACGCCUACAUCAUGAUUGCGAUCUACGGAAAAAGUUUCUGCACUUCAGCUCGAAAUGCCUUCUUCCUUCUCAUGAGAAACAUUGUCAGGGUGGCAGUUUUAGAUAAAGUGACUGACUUCCUGCUGUUUCUUGGGAAGCUCCUUAUUGUUGGCAUUGUGGGGAUUUUCUCUUUCUUCUUCUUCUCUGGAAGAAUAAAAGUUGUAGAGAAUGCGGCUCCAUCUCUCAACUACUACUGGGUGCCAAUACUGACAGUAGUAGUGGGAUCCUAUCUGAUUGCCCACGGCUUCUUCAGCGUGUACGCCAUGUGUGUGGACACACUCUUCCUGUGUUUCUGCGAAGACUUGGAAAGGAAUGACGGUUCGUCUGAGAGACCUUACUUCAUGAGUAAGGAGCUGCACGAGAUCCUCUCCAAGUUCGGUAAGGUGGAGGAUGAGUUUGACGGCGUCGAGGCGGCGGACGCUGCCAAACAAGCGGACCAGGUGAAAGUGGAGGAGGAAACGCCCCUCCAGCAGCAGGACGGGGAAGUCCAAAUAAAACAGCAGCCUGUGCUGAGGGAGGAAAACGAGGAAAAGCAGCCUCUGGAGACCAGCACUGAGGACGAGAAGAAGGAGAAGGCGGAGGAGGAACAAGUCAGUCAGGCGGAAGACACUGAGAAAAAAGAAGAGCCAGCUGUGAAGGAAGUUCCAGCAAAGCAGGAAGUGAAAGCAGAUGAAAAGGCAGAGGAGCAGACAGCUGCAGAUGGGGAAGCUGAGGAAGUGAAGAAAGUGGAAGAAAAAGAGCAACACAAAGAUGAUAAUCCUCCACCUGCACAACAGGAGUAGAUGCAACAAAGCAAGGGAGGCUCACUAAACCUCAGACAGCAGAAUAGAAGUUACGUCCCUCAGCUGUGUGAUAUGGACCUGUUAAAUGUACAGCAUUCAAGCUAAAGUGUACACGGCUUUGCUGAAAGAGCUGAUGUUCCACCUGGAGAAGGCCAACCAGAGCGAAGGCUGAAGGAGGUCAAAAGCCCAGUGCAUCUCUGUAGCUUGAAGAAAACACACACACACACACACACACACACACACACACACACACACACACACACACACACACACACACACACACACACACACACACACACACACACACACACUCCUUUGUGUUGGUUUUAGAACAGUGUUGGUUUUUCUAUCGUGAAGGUCUGUAACACAUAGUGCGUGCUGAACUCCAUGCCUGAUUACUGUCAGUGUUUGUCGUCUCGAUCCCAUUUGCCGGAAGCGCUACAGAACCGGAACCAUGUUUACAGUCAGAGCAAACAUCUCAAUCAACAGUGAAUCACUUUCACAGUUUACAGAAAUACCAGCUGAUGCCAAAACCGUUCACAUUAUUUGAUACACUAUGAAUACUGGACCUUUUCUUUUUUCUUUUCUAUUUUUUCUUGAUAUAAAAACUUGCAUAUAUGCACUGGUGCGUGUUUAUUAUGUAUCUUUUGGCUUCAGUCUUGCUGAGACUCACUCUGAUGGGACUCCAUAUAUUGUAUCGCCACCUCCUUGCCUUGGUAUUUUGGACUGGCGUUAAGUGCUGUGAUUGUCCGGCCGUGAUGCAGAAAUCAUGACCUCUCAGACUGUCCGGACCCCGACCCAACCUCCCACUUGUUUACAGACCCCUCUUCUUGCCUUGCUCUGUCCCUUCCCUGAAUCUUUCCGUCUAUUAAGUGCUGCAUGAUAUUAACAUGGCCUUUAGAAUGCUUGCAACUAACAUCUUAAGUGUCUGAAAGCUUUUGUACAACUACUUCUUCUUCUUGUCUGUCAUUCUGUGAAAGCUGUAAGAUGAUAUUUUUAUCCCCCACUGAAAUCACUGAUGACAUUCCAUAUUUAUUGGGUGUAAUUCCUGAUUGCGAAUACUCGUAUUUAGUAAUUGUAGUUCUGUUAUGGGUAAACAUGUGAAGGAUGAUUUGGGUUUAAAUAGGUGAGUUUUUGGAUCCGAGACAAAAUGGUGAGUUUCUUUAUCUACUAAUGAAAUGAUUGACAAUUUUACAGAAGUCCAUUUAAUUGUUUGUCAUUUUUGAUUUGUGACUCCCUCCAACAGAAUACCAGGUGUAUACAUUCUGGACUUUGUGUGAUUGUAAUUUGUGAAAAAGUCUUUGAAAUCCCUGAAAAAAACAUUUGAAAAUGAAGCGACUAAAUAAAUUAUUUGAAUCUAAA